AAUAAUAGCAUUAAGCCAUUAAUUAAUAUUUUUAACAAGUCGUCGUCAUUGCUGGCGCAUACAAGACGACUCUAAAAAAGUGAUAUAAGAACCUAUUCCGUUCCACCCACUCCAUCAUCAUAACCAUUUCAUAAAAUCAGUAGAUCCAAUGGCAACAAUAGCUGUGCAAGAAAUUCGACCUCCCACUCUGUCUGCAACCUCAGACCCACCACCUAUCUUUGAUGGAACUACCAGGUUGUACAUCAGUUAUUCAUGCCCUUUUGCGCAGCGUGUAUGGAUCACUAGGAACUACAAGGGAUUACAAGAAAAGAUCAAAUUAGUUCCUAUUGACCUUCAGAACAAGCCUGCUUGGUAUAAAGAGAAGGUCCACCCAGAAGGCAAGGUGCCAUCUCUUGAACAUGACGGCAAGAUUUUGGUAGAGAGUAUUGACUUGAUCAAAUACAUAGAUGUCAAUUUCGAAGGACCAUCUCUAUAUCCUAAUGAUCCUACCAAGAAGGAAUUUGGUGACCAGCUAAUUAAGUAUGUCGAUAUUUUUACCAAAGAGAUGUUUGGAUCAUUCAAAGGCGACCCUGUAACGCAAACAAGUGCUACAUAUGACUACCUGGAGAAUGCUCUUGGUAAAUAUGAAGAUGGCCCAUUUUUCCUUGGUGAAUUUAGCUUGGUGGACAUUGCCUAUAUCACAUUUGUUGAGAGGUUCCAACUUGUGUCAUCAGAGAUUUACAAGCAUGACAUCACUGCUGGAAGGCCUAAACUAGCUACAUGGAUUGAGGAGGUAAACAUGAAUAAUGGUCUAUGAUAGCCUCUCUCUGAA